AUGGGCAAACGCGGGUCCUUCCGUCGCUACACCAAAGCCUGUCUCUGGUGGCUCUUCUGCAUCUGGUACGUCCUGCUCGUCAGCUUCGAGAACCAGGCAUCGGGAAACAUCCUCGGCAUCCCUCGAUUUCAUCAAGACUUUGGCCAUUUAUACGAUGGUUCAGCCAUCAUCGGCUGCCUCGGCGGCAGUGCGCUCGCCGACCUUCUGGGCCGCAAGCCCGUCCUGAUUGGCGUUCUGGUCCUGAGCUAUGCUGCUAUCACCAUGCAGUUCAUCGCCACCACGAAGCCCGUCUUCUUCGGGGGCAAGUUCCUCAAGGGCUUUGCCACGGGGACCAUCGCCACAGUGUUACAUUCCCAUAAACCAAUUCCUUUGCCAACCCGGGACUGA